AUGGCCGAGCCGGCGGCCGCCGCCGUGCCGGCGGGGGCGGACCCCAGCGCAAGGAGGCUCGCGGCGGCCGACGAGGGCGCGGCGAAGCGGAGGAAGAGGGCCGGCAAGGUCCCAGUCAUCGACGUGGCCCCCUUCUUCGCCAGCGGCGCCGACGACGCGCAGCGGCGGGCCGUGUCCGCCGCGGUGGCCGACGCCUGCGAGCGGGUGGGCUUCUUCGUCGUCGUCGGGCACGGGAUCGACCCGAGCGUGCCGAGGGCCUGCGCCGCGGAGGCCAGGCACUUCUUUUCGCUGCCGCGGGAGGAGAAGGCCAAGUUCGCGGCGGGCGGUCGCGCCUACGGUUUCUUCCCGAUGAACUCCGAGGCCCUGGGGUAUAACGCCGACGUCGCGAGCCGGCCCGACAUACGUGAGGCAUUCUCCAUGGGGCCCCAGGGCGAGCCGCCGGCGUCGCUGGAGCGUUCGCCCGUCGUCAACUUCUGCUACCAGAGGACGCCGUGGCCGCCCGACGGGCGCCUGGAGGCGGCCAUGUCGCGGUACUACCUCGAGGCUGGCAAGCUGGCAGACGGCAUGCUGCGCAUCUUCGCCCUCGCGCUUCCCGUGCCAUGGAUGCGAAUUUUUUUUUGUCCAAGGUGA